AUGCUUACGUUCAAUGAAACAGGCCCGGGUGUCCCAGCGUUCCUGGCCAAGUUGUGGCGAUUGGUUGAAGAUUCCGAAACGAACGAUUUGAUAUCAUGGAGCACGGAUGGGCGAAGUUUUAUCAUCCAAAAUCAGGCCCAGUUCGCCAAGGAACUGUUGCCACUCAACUACAAACACAAUAAUAUGGCCAGCUUUAUCAGGCAGCUGAAUAUGUAUGGCUUUCAUAAAAUCACCUCCAUCGAUAAUGGCGGACUUCGGUUCGAUAGGGACGAAAUGGAGUUCACGCAUCCCUGCUUCCAGAAGGACCACCCAUACCUGCUGGAGCAUAUCAAGCGCAAAAUUGCCACCUCAAAGCAGCAGCAGCAGUUGCAGGCACAGCAGCAAGCUGAAGACAAGAGCUCCCUUAAGCUUGAAGCGGUCAGUCGGGUGUUGAACGAAGUGAAACACAUGCGCGGCCGGCAGGAUUCUCUCGAUACACGCUUCCAGACGAUGAAGCAAGAGAAUGAGGCACUCUGGAGGGAAAUUGCAAUCCUGCGCCAAAAGCACCACAAACAGCAGCAGAUAGUCAACAAGCUCAUACAAUUCCUGGUGACGAUCGUACAACCGUCUCGUGGUGGUCUCGGUUCGAUGAGCAAUGGAAGCAAUAAACGUCGCUUCCAGUUAAUGAUCAACGAUGCUCCACAACAGGCAAAGCUAAAGAAAUCAGAUUUCACCGAAAGUGCCACCAUUGAGGAGCUUGGCGAGGCGCUCGAAGAGGUUGCGUACGCAAAUCAACAGGAAUUGUUGUCGAAACAAGACAAAACUAAGAAAAAUGUCAUUCCGAUCGUAACCAGUCAGAUCGUUCGAACUACUCAGUCGUCAGAUGAUGCAAGGGCUAACACCUCUUCGUCUUCUACUUCCGCCGUUGCUGGAAAAAGCACUAAGGCUCGAAAUAUAGUCGGUAGCAGUGGUAGCUCCUUUAUUAGGAAACAAGAUGGUAGUAGAAAUGAUAAAAAGGAGAGGGCACAACCAGGCGGCCAAACAAAAGCUACCAGGAAUUCGGAAUUAUCAGAGGUUAGCUCACCAAUGUCGAUCCCUGAUCGCUCACCAUACCAUCGCACGCCGACACCAUCCGGUGGUAACAGUUCCCGAAGCAGCAAUAGUAGCAGCAGUGGAGGACGCACCAGAGGACUGGUAUAUGCUGAUGGAAGUGAAAAUGUGGACGAAAUUCUUUCCACCUCACCGGUAUCGGUACGAUCAGGCGCAAGCGGUAGCGGACUGAGAGGAUCAGGAACUUUGAAGCAUGGAAACAAUGCCGCCGAUCUGCAACAGAGUUACGGAGUGAGAUCGAAGAAUGCUAAAAGUACACCAGCAAAUCUCAUUCAGCUCAUUGAAAGCACAGUCAAGGGAGAUGAUUCGGAUAACUACGACGAGGGUGACGAGGAUGAUAACGAUAGCAUGGAGCAUGGUUACUUGGUUGAUCAUGUAGAUGAGAUCGACCCAACUUUUGAGCAGUUUUAUCACGAGAACGAUAGCGAAAUGAUGCUAAACACCCCAAUGGUGAUCAAAGAAAUGGAAAAGGAGCAGCAUCAACAACAGCAGCAGAAGCAACGUCCACAAAGAUACAACACGCAACAGCUGAUUGGAAAGGGAGGAGAAAGUUUACUGAAAGGAAGUGGAUCAAACAAUAAACGCAACGCGGAGGUACAGCAGCAACCAUCCUCCCAGCGAUCCCAAAGAAGUUUACUUUCGACGCCGACGGCGACGAACGCUCCAAAUACGCUAAAGGCCAGUGGAAGUGGACUAGGAUUAUCUACAGCCGGAUCUACUGCUGCUCCGUCUAUCAUUACCCGGGGUGGUAAAAAACUGGCGUUGGCAAAGAAGCAAACUCCUCCGAUGAACCAUCAACAGCAGAGUGAUGUUGCAUCUCCAGGGCCGUCGGGUUUCAACGGAACAAUAGGACAAGCUUUGAAUGAUCAACAGGUUGGUGGCAGAAGCAUUGCCUUAUCAUCUCCUGUUACAACGAGCGGGCUAUCAUUCGUGGCGGAUAACGGUUACAUGCCUGUCAACGACGUUGUCCCUGGAGACAUCUUUGACGAUAGCAAUGAUCAAGGAAACGCAGCGACGAAAAACGCCAAUAAUCCUUCACCGAUGCUCAGUAGUAGUGCAUUUAACAUCGUUGAUGGUGGUUAUUAUAAUCCCAAUGUAAACAUCAAUGAGAUAAAAAAUAGUCGACAGCAGCAAAUGCAAACUCAACAGAAUAAUGUGGCACAACAGCAGCAAAACCAAUCACCUGGAAUGAAUCGUAUGGGCGAAGGUGCUGAAGAGGACUAUGAUGAAAACUCGCUUGAUUCGGCUUUGCUACUCAACCAGGCCACCGGAAAUGCCGACCAGCAGCAACUAUCCAAGUUUGUCAGCAAUGAUCUAGACGUGUCCCGUUUGAGCACGGUAGCCGAGUAUGGACAACACAUAGAUACGGUUCAGAACGACUUGGAAUCACUAAAGGAGCUGCUCAAAGGCGAUGGAUACCAACUCGAUGCAAACGCGCUAUUGGGGAAUUCAUGCACAACUGCCCCAACGCACGGACGCGUAUACUUCCCGUCGUGCCCGUUCGAUUCGGAUAUCAUCAAUAAGGUUAGGACUGACUUAUUCAACAACAACGAGGACAUGCUCGGAUACGACUUUCCAAUGAACCUUCCUGAUUUGAUGACAGACGAUCAGCAACAGCUGCAACAGCAGCUUCUGCAGCAACAAAACCAGCAGCAACAUAACAGCAACAAUAGUGACAAAUCCGACACCUCCGGUAGUCCGACACCCGUUGGCCACAUUUCACCCGUGCCGUCUGCUCACACGCAAUUAACGACUUACAAACUGCAAGGUGGUGGUUACGGCGCUGGAAAUGGCAUACAUGGCGUAUACAGCGCAGGCAAUAUGUGUAGCAAUGGCAAUGGAAACAUCAACGGCGGUCUGUUGGGCGGUGGAAAUGGCGUCAUCGGUCCCGACGGAUCGCUAGGUAUCGUGUCGGGUGACUACAUCGAUCUGAACGAGCUGCUCAACAUGGAGGCGAACUGUGGCGAUAACUCUCUAAAGGCCUGAAGCUCCAAACAGGCAACAACCAUUCAUCCAACGAUUUCGGAGUAUGCAUGUUGAUCGUGCGACGAUCUACUAGGUGUGAUAACGUAUGCCUUUCACUCUCUCUAUGUCUGACACUUGUUGAUUCAUUCUUGUUUUGAAUGUGGUUACCAUCAUCAUAUUUUACUCGCUCCUUGUUAAGGAGGCAAACGCAUAAAGGGCUACGAGAAGUGACCAGGAAAGUGCAUCGAUUAACGUGUAUGCAACCAAAAUUAUUCGUAGAAAAUCCAUUUUUAAAAGCAGUUUUUCGCGAAAUCAUGAUGGUUUGUUGCAUUUUUGCGGAGAAUUUUUAUAAAUGUCUCUCAAGUUAUGGUGAGCGAUAAAAAAACGAUCUACAAUUUGGGCCGUUCAUCAUCAAUGAACGUGUAUACGUUUGUCUCUACUUUGAAAAUAGUGCUUGUUCGGCAAGAAUCGCAAUAGAGAUAGUAUAAGUGCAAUAUCUAGAUGUUGCACUAUUGAUCACCAUUUCAAUGCAUCGUUAAUGGUUUCUAAGUACCAGCUGUAUGAGAAU